GUCAGCAGACUUCCUGUUAUGUCUGGCUGUCGGAGGAGCGUGACACAGCCCUCCACCCCCCCUCCUCAGACAGACAGUCUGCAGCAUCACACGGAGACACGCAGCUCAGCACCGCAGACACACGCAGCUCAGCCCGGAGGAGCAGCGCUCAGACCCGCCCUAUAACCCCCCCCAUCCCUGGAUCGGGCGACCAUGUCGAUUCUCGGCCCGGCCCCCAGCAGCGCCGACGCCUGCCUCAGCAUCGUCCACAGCCUGAUGUGUCACCGGCAGGGUGGAGAGAACGAGGGCUUCGCCAAGCGCGCCAUCGAGAGUCUGGUGAAGAAGCUGAAGGAGAAGAAGGACGAGCUGGACUCGCUCAUCACCGCCGUCACCACAAACGGCGUCCAUCCGAGCAAGUGUGUCACCAUCCAGAGGACGCUGGACGGACGGCUGCAGGUAGCAGGCAGGAAGGGCUUUCCUCAUGUGAUCUACGCCCGUCUGUGGCGUUGGCCCGACCUGCACAAGAAUGAGCUGAAGCACGUGAAGUUCUGCCAGUACGCCUUCGACUUGAAGUACGACAGCGUGUGCGUCAACCCGUAUCACUACGAGAGGGUGGCGUCCCCAACAUCUACAGGUCCUCAGUCUCUGAUUAAAGAAGAGUUCAUGCAGGACUGUCUGCAGCUGGACCUGCCCCCCCAUGCUGACCUGUACGGCCAGUCCCACCCUGUCAGCAUGUAUCCCAGCAUGCCCCUGUCUCCUCCAGGAAGGAACUCCAUGACGUGCGCAGCUCCGAGCGCUGCGGGUAUCGGCGCGGCUCCAGAGGAGCCUGGGCUCCUGCAGAUCACCAUGCCCCAGAACCACGGGGGUCGGACCUCCCCACCUCUCACCCCACAGUCUGCUCACCCUGCUACGCCCACCUCCCCGCACCAGCAGAGCCCAGAUUAUAGCGGCACCCCUGUAGCUGCCAACUGGGCAGGUAAUGGCCCCGCCCCCUAUACACCCACAGGACAUCAGCACAAUGGGCGGAGCCACACGCAGCAGCCGGCACUACAUCACCACCACACCCCCAACACCCAUUUCUGGUCACAGCAACACAGUACUCCUCCAUUUCCACAACCCGUCUCCAAUCAUCCAGGUCCAGAGUUCUGGUGCUCCAUCUCCUACUUUGAGUUGGACGUUCAGGUCGGUGAGAUGUUUAAGGUCCAGUCCAGCUGUCCUCUGGUGACGGUGGACGGCUACGUUGAUCCGUCAGGAGGAGAUAGAUUCUGUUUAGGACAGCUGAGCAACGUCCACCGAACUGCAGCUAGCCACCGUGCCAGACUCCACAUUGGUCGGGGGGUCCAGCUCGAGUGUCAGGGGGAGGGGGACGUCUGGAUGCGUUGCCUUAGCGACCACUCUGUAUUUGUUCAGAGUUAUUACCUGGACCGGGAGGCGGGCCGCACACCAGGUGACGGUGUUCAUAAGAUCUACCCCGGAGCUUACAUCAAGGUGUUUGACCUUCGGCAGUGCCACCGACAGAUGCAGCAGCAGGCAGCCGCGGCCCAAGCAGCAGCUGAGACUCAGGCAGCCGCAGUUGUCGGUGCAAUGCCUGGUCCUAACAGUGUGGGAGGGAUUGCACCUGCCCUCAGUGUUUGCUCUACCGCAGGUCCGGGCGUCGAUGACUUGCGGAGGCUGUGCAUUGUGAGACUGAGCUUCGUCAAAGGUUGGGGGUAUGACUACCCCAGACAGAGCAUCAAGGACACCCCCUGCUGGAUGGAGGUCCACCUGCACCGGGCCCUCCAGCUGCUGGACCAGGUGUUGCACACGCUGCCGCCACGGGAGCUCCCUCUCUGACAGACUACUGAUGCUGCUGAUGACGGGCUGCAGCAUCCAUCAUCCUACGAUUAGCCCAGGCUGUGCCUCGUUCCCCUCUGCGCGGGCACCGCAGCAGCUCAUUGUUUCGCAGAGAGUCUUUCAGCUAGCCCCAGGGUUUCUAUUGUAACAGCAUUCAUGGGUCAGUUCAAACAGAAAUCUGGGAUCAGGUGGAAUUUACAGUCAAAAUCAGGAAGAAGCUCAGUGCUUUGUGUGAAUUGACUCCUUAAAUGCUGAGUUCAUAUCAGCUGAAACCAAAAAAAACAGAAGUUAAUCUAUGCUCAUCAGGUUUGAGUUUGUAUUUAUUUUUAUUGAUUAUCUACCAAAGAUUCAUUUCGAAAUGAUGACAUCAUAUCUUACUCAUAUGACUUUUUUAUUUUUGACAGUGUUUUAUCACAUUUUAAACAUUUUUUUUCUAUAUAGAGCAUCUAUAACACUGUACUAUUUGCUGUCUGUUCAUGUCAAACAUUUCAAAUCCAAAAUAAACCAAGUUUGUCCUGCA